AUGCCUCGACCUGAUAACUCUCAAGACACUAUAAAUGACGCUACUUCGAGCCGCCAGCGACUGACCCCGCGACCGCAUUCCAGAAUUCUAGCUCAAGACCAGACUGACGAGCUCAAGGAGCCCUUCGCACGACUGUACCCCAACGGUGUACCGAAAGAAUACAGCAUGUGGCACGAGACCGGUAGCGAUCUGCCAGUGAGUUACAUCGAGGAUAAUCUCCCACUCGGCUUCUACACGAAGCCGCCUGUGGACGCGAAAGCCAUCUUCUCCACGAGCAGCGGGCAGCGUCCCUUCCGCCACAUGCAUCACAUCUUGCCACGUAGGAUGAAACUGCACCUGUGGUCUAAGAAUGAGAUACAGGAAAAUUGCAAUUCGAUCCGCAAGGCGCAUUGGGACGUCAUGCAAGGCAUGACUGAGCCGCUCUGCUGGGAUGAUCUUUGGCAGUAUUUCGAUGCGUUUGAUCUAUAUCACCAUGGAGCAAUCAACCUCUGGAAUAUCAUCAACCACCUUUACGCUGAGAACAAAAUCAUUUAUAUUGAUGUGAUGAAAACCUGGGCUCUGGAGCUCGGUCGUUGGGCUGACCAGUGGCUCCAAGUAGGAGGCAACGCCGACAAGCUGAAGAGCUGGAGUAAUGAAAAAGGUUCUGUCAUCCAAAUCCUCAAUGAGCAAGACUGGGAUUCUCUGGGGCCCGUUGAAGAUUGCAAAAUACCCAUGCUGUCCAACGCUCUGAAACACCGCCGUGACCAUCUUUUGUCGCCGGCACGCAUUCAGACGUCUGAGGCGCGAGAUCUCGUCUCUUCCAUCAGGAACAAGGGAGGAGUAGAAAACUGGAUGACCGGCCAAAUAACCCAUCCCGGAAGUGGACUUCAGGAACACAAAGAUGGAGAAACUGUCUCCACGUGCAAAAACUUCAAGGCGCCAUGUGUUAUUGUUGACGGAAGACACUACUACGGACCACAAGCCCGAUCGAAAGGUGCUGUAGAGGCCCUGAAGGCCUCAGUGGAAGCUGCGUCCAGUCAUAUUGUCGUGGCAAAUGGUUCGAGGAUGUCGCCCCCAGAAUAUCAUCUGAAGACUAGAACAACCGCCAAGUGUUCCGGCCCGGUGAAGCCUGCUGCACAUAGCCAACAGACAUGCCCAAGCCCAGAUAAUGGCUCGGCAACCAUAACUCCUUGCACGAGCGGUACUUCUCACUCUGGCUCUCCUCGAAGCAAGUCAGAUACUACCGUUCGGCCCAGCCUCCUCCCAAGCCCCGAGAUGGACCCUCGCCCUGCUGCUGAAUCAUGCAGCCUUGCUUCUACUGGCGACUUUGCUGACCAGCUUCAGAGCCAAGCCCCUCCAACUGUUUCUGGCCAGAGUGGAGAGGGCGAUCAGCCGGUGACUCGGCACGGGGGGAACAGCAAUGCCUCAUGCAGCCAUCAGCGUCAAACAGGUGGUAUUACUUCUGCAGCACACUCCGUCUAUGUUCCUUACAUUGAGAAGGGAGCCCCAGAUGCUGAUACGUUUCAAGCCUCUGAAUCAGAGCACAAGAUUAGGUCUCCGUACAGAGGCAAGCGUACGGACAGCUAUGCUUCGCAACACAAUUCGUCACCCUCUUCGGGGACGCAGUAUGGUGGAUUCAAUCCGGGGGGCAAGCCAUCCUCCAAGAAGUGGAAUGCCGACUUUCGACGUCACGAAAAUUUUGGUUUGAUGCCUGAUAUUAUGCAUCGAGACUCAUCUAAACUAGGCAUGCCGCGAACUGACAUUUGGACUAAUUCCGCUGCCGCCUCACAUUGCCCCAACGCUUUGCCUGGCCUGGAUCGUUCCAGCUAUAUUGAAUGCGGCUGCCACGUGUGCGCGCUAAGAAAUCGAAGCAUUUGGGUUAGAGUAGCCGAUAGGCACAACAUUCCUGUCAUGGAGGUGCAGACCAGGCUUCGCUUCGGCGUUGAGAGUAGAUUUGGACGCGUGGAGGAUGUGAAUUUCGCGGGGCCAAGGGAGAGACCUGGACCGGCGAUGAACUUUAUUGUCAGGUUUUGCUCGGAGGACUCGGUAUGCCAAGCGCUCGCUCAUGGGGGCGGUCGCAUUGAGGAGAAAGGCAUCAAGAUUAGCAUAUCUCCCAUGUUUCGAUCAAAGUGGAUUUUGGCUCCUUCUCAAUUUCCAGCGGGCAACCAGCCCGUGCCACAAGACUCCAUAUACCGAGUUAUCAAGGGAUCAUCCCAGCGCCGUGGCGAUUUACCUCUCUUCCAGGACAUGAGCAUGCCAAGAGGGGGCCUAUCUGCGCAGAGAGCACCCUCAGGUGGUCCCUUUGCGUAUAACAAUCAAUCGUUCGGGCAAAUGGAAUCCAGCCACUUUGGACAAGCUGGGCCCUAUCCUGGAAAGAAAUCGAGAUACCUCAUGAACGCAGAUGGUAGCUCUCGUGGACAUCAGCCAUUUCACGCCUUCAACCCACAGGCUCAGUUCUUUGGCCCGAUGAUGGAAGCUUGCAACCCCCAGCAAGCCGCUCGCAUGCAUGAGCCAGUUCAACAGACACAAAAGAUGGGGAGCGCUCCAUUGGCGAGCCAUGCACAAUCGCGUCCCGUUGCAAAAGAAGUCGUUGGUGAAAUCGAAGAAGCAGUCCAAUCCACUGUAUCGCUGCAGGAGAUGACAACGGGCAAGGAAACCAUCAAAUUCAGAGUUUCUCUGCCGGAAAUGCCUGCAAAAUCAUCGAAUAUUUCGUAUAUUACCUUGGGACAAUGCCAGUCACAGGAUGUGGCCGAUCAAACAGUUUCUGAUGCUGCUCCUAUGCCUUCAAGGGAGAACAGGUCCCCUGUCAAGCAGUCAAAGAAGAAGCGCCAAGCUGCUCAGCCUCGUGCUGCUGAUUUCGAGUGCACAGAGCCCACGAAGUCCACCCCCUUCCCCCCUCUUUCCUCUGCCGUGGCCGCCGCCUCUACUGUUACUGUCACUGGCCCUGCACAGCCGCGCGCUGUGAAGCAAGAAGACCGCCGGUCUUCUUUGUUUACAGAAGACGAGAUCAAAGAGAGGAAGAAGGCAUGGAAUAGGAUUGCUGUGCCCUUGAGCUCGCCCCGAAAGCAGUCUUUUACGGCGGAGGAUACUGCUGUGUCCGCCAAGCCUGGCCAUGAUCGCACUCGAUCACUUCCUGCCACUGUACUCACGCAGUCAAUCAAGAUGGAUGCCAUCGGUAAUAAGAGCGCCGCAAAAACAACCAUCGAGCCCGCCGUGCUCGAGCCUGCCGAGUGUGACAGCAACCUUGGCGCCGACGCCGGCGACUCGGCAACUGCGGAUCGUGUAUUGACCACGCCGUCCUCUACCUCACCCAAGAAGAGCAGCAAGUCGGGGCGGAAGAAGAAGAACAAGCAGGAUCUGCAGCCGAGGGUUCCUUCAAAGAAGGAGUACAAACUGUGA